UAACACUCAAACUGAAAUUCUCUCCCUUUCCAGAAACCAUGGCGAGUACGUGUAUUCCCUCCACUUUUUCACCUAUUCUUCACAACUUGACUACCAGAAACUCCAUGACCAUGGUGGGUUUGCUCUCUUAUGCCCCCAAAAGCCUCAGGCCUCUCUCUCUUACCGAAAGCUUCAGCUUCAGCUCACUUUCCACCGCCAGAAAACCACCGGGAAAAUUGUUCCAAUUCCAAGUGAGAUCAGUUGCCGCUCCGGCAGAAGCUGUUGCCGGGUUUGAUGACAUGGUUUCUGGGACUCAGAGAAAGUAUUACUUGUUAGGCGGGAAGGGCGGUGUAGGAAAAACAAGUUGUGCUGCGUCACUUGCUGUAAAAUUUGCUAAUAAUGGGCAUCCCACUCUUGUGGUUUCCACUGAUCCAGCACAUUCCUUGAGUGAUUCCUUUGCUCAGGAUUUGACUGGAGGGACACUUGUACCAGUUGAUGGGCCCGAAGCUCCGCUUUUUGCUCUUGAGAUAAACCCUGAGAAGGCAAGGGAAGAAUUCCGUAAUGUAAAUCAGCAAAAUGGUGGAACAGGAGUCAAAGAUUUCAUGGAUGGUAUGGGCCUUGGGAUGCUUGCGGAACAGUUAGGAGAGUUAAAACUGGGAGAAUUACUAGACACACCUCCUCCUGGUUUGGAUGAAGCUAUUGCAAUUUCCAAGGUGAUACAAUUUCUUGAAUCCCCGGAAUAUAGCAUGUUUACUCGUAUUGUUUUUGAUACUGCACCCACGGGUCACACAUUGCGGCUUUUGUCCUUGCCAGACUUUUUGGAUGCAUCAAUUGGCAAGAUAUUGAAGCUUAAACAGAAGAUAUCUUCAGCCACAUCAGCUAUCAAAUCUGUCUUUGGGCAAGAGCAACCUCAACUGGGCGCAGCUGACAAAUUAGAGCAACUCAGAGAGAGGAUGAUUAAAGUGCGUGAGCUUUUCCGCGAUACUGAUUCCACAGAGUUUGUCAUAGUAACAAUACCCACGGUGAUGGCAGUCAGUGAGUCAUCUAGGUUGCAUGCCUCUUUGAAGAAGGAAAGUGUUCCUGUGAAUAGACUUAUUGUUAAUCAGAUUCUUCCCCCAUCUGCCUCAGACUGCAAAUUUUGUUCAAUAAAAAGAAAGGAUCAGUUACGUGCUCUUGAUAUGAUCCGGAGUGAUACAGAGCUUGCCAGCCUGACGUUGAUCCAGGCACCACUAGUUGAUAUGGAGAUCAGAGGUGUUCCCGCCCUUAGAUUUCUAGGAGACAUAAUUUGGAAAUGAUCAUCUAUCUGCAGUCAUAUAAUCAAUGAUAAAAGAAAGGACCCUUUUUUUCUUUAACUAUUCAUUCAUUUGAGAAAAUGGGUUGAAUUUGUUGCCCCUGUAUCCAGUAAAGUAAUUUUCCCUGUAAAAACUGACUUCCCUUCCUUUCCCCCUCCCAACCCAUCUUACUAUAAUGCAAUAAACCAAUUGAUCGCA